CAACCCAAAUAUGGGAGAUGAGGAGAGAGGCAGAGAAGGGGAGCAGGAGAGGAUGGUAGCGAGAGAGAAGGGGAGAGAGAGAGAGAGAGAGAGAGAGAGAGAGAGAGAGAGAGAGAGAGAGAGAGAGAGAGAGAGAGAGAGAGAGAGAGAGAGAGAGAGAGAGAGAGAGAGAGAAGGGCAGAGGGGGGGAAGGGUAGAGGGAGAUAAGGGAAGCGGGAGAGAAGGGUAGAGGGAGAUAAGGAAGCCUACGAGA